UGGAUGAAAUUUCGCUAUUUUUAAAUGGGGAUUUUUUGUAAAGCACGUGAUUGUCAAAAUGGCAGCCCACUGUGAUUUUGGUGCUCUUGAGCUACUGAUGAAGGCUCCAUCCAAGGACCAAGUGGUUAAGGUCUGCAAUGAUGUUUACCUGACUAGUUCCCCCAUCUCUGAUGUGCUGGUUUCCAGUGUGUGUGACGUUUUAGGAACCCGUCCAAAUCAAACAAAACAGAUGAUGGAAUCCCUCUCAUCACUCUUAAAAACCAUAAUAUUUCAUGGAUACUCAGAAGCCCAAGAAAUACAAAGCUUAUUUCCAAAGGACUUCCACAAGAAUCUUCGGGAUUUAAUAGCAAAAAUUGCUCUGGAAAACAUGAACAACUGGAAAAACCAUUCCAUUAGUAACCAAGUAUCUUUGCCGCGACUAGUAGACUUUGAUUGGAGAGUCGACACAAAAAUGGCCUCUGACUCUGUCAGCAGAAUGUCCGUUCCCACCUGUAUCAUACAAAUGAAGGUUCAGGAAAACCAAACUGAAGUUGGUAGAGUCCCAGAAAUCAAUAAUGUGAAUGUUGAACUUUCUAAAGAGACACUAGACACAAUGUUAGAUGGACUUAGUAAAAUCCGAGACCAGUUAUCCUCUGUUGCCAAAAGGUAGCCAUACCAGGAGCUUCUCCAGACAAAAUCAACAUAAGACCAUAGUUUAAUGAUUCCAAAACAGUGCAAUAUAUUAAUGUUUAGAAGAGAUGAUUUACAGUUUUAAUAUUUUGAGAGUUAUUUAUCAGUUGAUUAGUGGUACACAGUUUUGAUAUAUUCUACUUGCCUUCAGUGUUUCUCUAAGUGUUAAUUUUAAUCUUUUAAAAUAGUAUAUAAGAUUUAUAUAACAACUGUGAAACACAAGUAGUACCCUGCAUACUUAACCCUUCAUGUGCAGUUACAGUGCAUUAAUAAAAACAGUGAUAAACUUAAUCGUAAUAAACUGCAAGAUGUAGAGACAUGAAACCUAUUCUAAUGUCUUCAAUUAUUCAAUACAUGAUAUUAUCUAUAUCUUCAUGUGGUUUGUACCUCUUCAAUAUUUUUGACCCAGUUUCAGACAAUUGUGGAAAUAUUAAAUAUUUUACACUUUCAUGAAUAUCAUAAGUAUGGUAUUAUACAUCUUCUAUUUUUAACUCUUUUGUAGAAAUGAUUUAUAUUUUAUCAUACUGAUAUAAUUGUAGCCCCCCUGAGGGCCCUUGAUUGGUGAAUAAACAUACUAAUAUGUC